GUUUGUCUGCACUCAUUAUGGUAGUUUUACUCGACCAAACAACGUGUAUAAGGUGUCCUUGGACAGCCUUUUAAGUCUAGUUUCUUAUUUGAGUGUCUCUGUUCCAGAAGGGAGAGUUUAUCAUACAAAAAUCGAGCUGGAGUGAACUGCUGUCUGUAAACUCGAGCAGUGAGAGUGCUGAGCCUGUUUGAGUGAUAUCUCGAGUUAUAAGAAUCCAAUCGAGGCGUGUAAGAUACCAAAAGAAAGACCUCAAGACGAGGAAUCCGUUAAGGUCUGGUUUGCAUCAAUCGGAGUAGUGGAAGGCUUCCAAAUCGUCCGAGCAAAACACAACCUCGCAGAAACGGAUCUAAUCUUCUAAAGUGAGUUUUAACCCCAAAACCUUUCCCUUCAUUUUCCAAAUGAUAUGAACGAUUGGUGGAACUAUUAUACACUACUAUAAGUGUAUAAUAUGUCCCUAUUAAGUUAUUUUAUUGAUGUAAAGGUUAGAUACUAACCUAGAGCAAAUGCUGGAAAACUAGGAAACGAGUUAGCCGGAAAACACCCAUUCUAGGGGCUGUUUUCGUAUCAACGAUUAGGGGUUGAGAUAGCACUUUGAGGGGGCUGUUUAACACUCAUUUCUAAGCAAGGAAUCAGUUCUCAAGCUUCUUUGGCCGAGGCUUUGGUCAUUGGAUUGAGAAGGAAAGUUUUAAAGCUCAUUUGAGAUGUUGGCAGAUCAUUGUUGCUGACAAGGCUAUUCUUUACUAUACUUCAGUCUAACAUCUUGAAGCCCCGUUGGAAUUCUUUUGUUUUCACUGUUUUUGCAUAUGGCUCGCACAAAGAACUCCACGCGCGCUUCUCACACCGCAGUUGCUAGCUCUAGCCGCGCAGAGGGCACACGAGGCACACGCUACCAGCCCCAGUUUGACACGGAUAAGGAGAUGCUGACAUACUUAGUGCUGAUGAAGAAGAAGGUGGGUACGAUGUACCACCCAGACGAGCCCACACUAGUUGUAGCGGAACCCACACCGAGGGAUGAGGUGAUGCAUUUGAUACGAAGAGGUUGGUGGCAGCAUUUAUUUUUCAGCAUCCAAGAGCCGACUUACAAGGAAGUCACGUGUGAGGUGCUAGCAACAAUUGACCUCCCAAAGCUCAUACCGUAGAGGGACUAUCUCAAACUGGGAAUCAAAUUCCAAGCCUUUGAAGACAAGCUUGACACUUCUCUUAGUCAGAUUGAGCGCUACUUGGGCUUCGAUGAUGUUGAAGUAGGACAACGGGAUGAGAUUGGCCUUUGUGACCUCCCCCCUCCCGUGAACAGACAGGCUUUUUGGGAAUCGAUUAGCAGAGGGGGCAAGACUUAUAAGCCUCGGGAGACCCCAGCCACACUUCUUUACCCUCAGAAGUUCCGAGUUAUCCACGCACUACUUGCUUCUACCGUGACCGGGAGGGCCGAGGUUGGGGCCAAAGUUUCUACCACUGACCUGUUAUGCCUCUACUGCAUGGUUCAUAACAAGAAGCCCUGCAUGGGCUCUAUCAUUGCUAGCCUCUUCCAUCGCCAAUCCACAAACUGCAUGCAGGCCCUAUACUCCGGUCCAUACAUUACACGUCUUCUGCGAGGGAUGGAUUAUGGAGAUCAGUUCAGAGACAUGGAGGUUUCUUCUAGUUUUCUUCCGCUGACCAUACUCCCGUCCAUGAAUACGGGACUUGGGGCUAGACUUCAGCGGAAGGCUGACCACGCAGCAGGAGGAGGAGGAGGACAGCAGGUAGACGAUGAUGAUGACGAGGAUGACCAUGACGAUGAUGACGAUGAUGAGGAGAUGGAGGCAGCUACACCCGAGGUUCCCUAUGAUGCACCCCCCUACGGCACCACUUUUCCCGAUUCUUGGGCGAGGAUGCAUGCGCAUCAUGAUGCCGUGUACCAUCAGUUGUCUACUGAGCAGCACGAGCGGUUCGACCAGAUGCGCUUUGAGCAGCAGGACUUUUAUAGAGAGAUGAGGGAGGACCAGGCGAUGCAUUACACACAGCUCCAGUCCCAGUACACGCAGAUCGAUGAGCGACUCACUUCUCUGGAGUCUAGCUGGAGCUCAUUCUUUGAGGCAUAUCCC